CAUCUCUAUUGCAGAUGAUGGAGCACGCCUGGCACAACUACAAGCUGUACGCGUGGGGCAAGAAUGAGCUGCGUCCACUGUCGCAGCGCCCGCACUCGGGCAGCAUAUUUGGCUCGUAUGAUCUGGGCGCCACAAUUGUGGAUGGCCUGGACACGCUGUACAUAAUGGGCCUGCAGAAGGAGUACAAGGAGGGGCGCGACUGGAUCGAGCGCCGCUUCUCGCUGGACAACAUCAGCGCCGAGCUGUCCGUGUUCGAGACGAAUAUACGCUUUGUGGGCGGCAUGCUGACACUGUACGCCUUCACCGGGGAUCCCAUGUACAAGGAGAAGGCCCAGCAUGUGGCCGAUAAGCUGUUGCCCGCAUUCCAAACGCCCACGGGCAUACCGUACGCCCUGGUCAACACCAAGACGGGCAUGGCCAAGAACUAUGGCUGGGCAUCCGGUGGCAGCUCGAUUCUCUCCGAGUUCGGCACACUCCAUCUGGAGUUUGCCUACCUGAGCGACAUCACGGGCAAUCCGUUGUAUCGGGAGCGCGUGCAGACCAUACGCCAGGUGCUCAAGGAGAUCGAGAAGCCCAAGGGACUCUAUCCGAACUUCCUCAACCCCAAAACAGGCAAAUGGGGGCAGCAGCACAUGUCGCUGGGCGCCUUGGGUGACAGCUACUACGAGUAUCUGCUGAAGGCCUGGCUGCAGUCCGGCCAGACGGACGAGGAGGCACGCGAAAUGUUCGACGAUGCGAUGCUGGCGAUCAUUGACAAAAUGGUGCGCGUCAGCCCCAAUGGGCUGACGUAUGUGUCCGAUCUGAAGUUUGAUCGACUGGAGCAUAAAAUGGAUCAUCUGGCCUGCUUCUCAGGCGGCCUCUUUGCUCUGGGCGCUGCCACGCGCCACAACCUUCACACAAAUAAAUACAUGGAGGUGGGCAAGGGCAUUACCAACACCUGCCACGAGAGCUAUAUACGUACGCCCACUCAGCUGGGCCCCGAGGCGUUCCGUUUCAGCGAAGCAGCCGAGGCACGCGCGCUGCGCUCGCAGGAGAAGUACUAUAUACUGCGCCCGGAGACCUUCGAGAGCUACUUUGUGCUCUGGCGCCUGACGCACGAUCAGAAGUACCGCGACUGGGGCUGGCAGGCGGUGCAGGCCCUGGAGAAGCAUUGCCGCACACCGCACGGCUACUGCGGCCUGCGCAACGUAUACCAGCAGGAGCCGCAGAAGGACGAUGUCCAGCAGAGUUUCUUCCUAGCCGAAACGCUCAAGUACCUGUACUUGCUGUUCUCAGACGACUCCGUGCUGCCGCUGGACGAGUGGGUGUUCAACACCGAGGCGCAUCCGCUGCCCAUCAAGGGCGCCAACAUUUACUAUCGCAAGGCGGCAGCGACGCUGCCCGCAUCGAACGCCUCAUAAGGCAGCUAACGCAGUCGCUACUUGGCCGUGUCAAUUUUUUUUAUUAUUAUU